CGGGGACCAAUUAUGUCGCGAAAAGGGGGACAAAAUAAAGGAAAAGAUGGCGGCGCCCUGUUGGCCCCACAUGGGGGAACUGUCAGCGAGAGAGCAGACAACGAAAUAGGUUUGAGAGAAAUCACACAGCAAGAAAACGAUCGACUUGUCGUGGUAGGAGCUGGUACCAGACAAAAUGGCGAUGGCGGUGGUAGCCCUGUUGUUGUCACAACAUCCGGUGAUGAUGACAGGCCGCUGGUUCUGCAGGCCCAGAUUGUUCAUGGGACGACCAGUUCACUCAUUAGUUUGGACACUAACGUUGUGGAGGCCAGCCCCGAAUGGCUGAAGAAAAAUCUUGAAAAUGUAGGAUUUCAAUUGAGCUCCGAUCAAGAUGAGUUGGACGGGCAUCUGUCGUCCAAGUCGAAGGGCAUCGGGGAUUUCUUUGUGGUUGCCGAUAGCGGCGAAGUAGAGGUGGAAGGGCUGGGUAGCGGAGUGGAGACUGGAGCUAGCUCAGUCAGUAUGGAAGAGGACGGGGGAUGUGUGACAGGGGAUUUAGGGGAAGUGCCCAUGGGAAUCGAUUCUCAGCUGUCUAAACCAGAGGAGCAUCUCACUCCAGGCGAUUUAGCAUUGACAACACCGAUAACUGAUAGUUUGGCCAGCACCAUGUCAGGGGCAACUAACUCGUCCCUGGUAACCGACUCAUCAUUGGUCACUGAUAUCAGUGAUCCUAAAACUCUGCCAGACAAAAAGCUGUUUAAUUCGGACUCUGAUUCAAGUGAUGAGGAGGAUUUAGGCCUUCUAGAAUUCCAUGAUUUGCAGCAGUCAAAUAAAAACAAUACACUGCUCACACCACACGAAUUAGAAAAUAUUCCAGAUGAGUGUUUAGAUUUGGAAGAAAGUUUAGCACCUUCUGUGGAUGAUAUUGUGAAAAAAAUGUGGUCAAGUGGUAAUAACAUUUCAGAACUUACUGGAUCAACAGGCGUUUCAUUACUGACAGACAACAGCAAAAUUAACAAUGUCGAUCUCGCUACUACAAGUUGUAGUUCACCUGCUCGUGAAAAUAUGGUGACCCAACAACCUGCAGUUUCUGUGAGUGGUGUGACUGCUUUGAGCACUGCCCCUGUUAUCACAUACAAUUCUACUCCAAGUGUGGUGCUACCAGGACCAGUGCUUUCUGUGUCACAGGCGGGAGCCAGUAAAGUGAAUGCUGGACUUACAAACUCAACGAGUUCGCUUCCAGCAAACUGUACUCUAGCCACAAUAUAUAUCUCCACUGACAAGGGAGCAAACUCUACUCAGAUCCGUGUGAAUACUGGUGGUGGUCAGCAGUUGUACCAGCUGAACACCGCGUCUUUGACAGGAGCACCACCCAUGGCUACUGUGGUACAGAAUCCAGUGCCACAACCUGUGACAACGCCAUCAAGCCAACAACAAGGUGAUAUGGUCACACCACCUGCAGAAUGCUUAACAGGUUAUUUAUUAUUACCAGUGGGUCAGUCUGACACCAAUGGGAUUUUAAUGUCUGUGCCGUUGGGGAGUGUGACGCAAGCGAAUGAGGAACAGGCUCUGGAGCCAUCUGAGAUUGUGCCAGGUCAGGCCUAUGACAGUACUAAGAAGAUCUGGCAAUGUCCAGAAGAUGGCUGUGGGAAAGCUUUCAGAAAACAGUCCAAGCUGAGAAUACAUCUGAUGAGACACACAGGGGAAAGGCCAUUCAAGUGUUCUCGUCCUGGUUGUGGUUGGGCGUUCACAACCGCUUAUAAAUUACGACGACAUGGAGAGUCUCACGAAGGACGGAAGGAUUAUGUGUGUGAUAUCGAUGGAUGUAUGCGGAAAUUUACAACAAUCUACAACCUGAACUCCCAUCGGCGUUUACAUGAACGUCCUUGUAACGAACUCUGUCCCGAGCCAGGAUGUGGUCAGCGCUUCCACACAAAACGAAAACUUGACCUGCACAUGAAAAAUCACGUGGGAGCAGAGAAAAAUUACAAGUGCCCAGUUGUAGGCUGUAACAAGGUGUUUUUCUCACCCAACUGUAUGGGUUCCCAUGCCCGAGUGCACCAGCAGGAGAGAGAAGAUCUGACGUGCAAGUUUGAAGGCUGUGGGAAGACAUUUGAGAAAUUGUGUCGGCUCAAGCAGCACAUGAGGUCCCACACUGGGGAGAAACCCUACCUGUGUACUUAUGAGGGAUGUGGCUGGGCAUUUACCACAGCGAGCAAAUUAACUCGGCACAUCAACAAGCAUACAGGAGAACGGAGAUGGGAGUGUCCAAUAGAGGGGUGUGGCAAAGCAUUCAUGAGGGCAGAGCAUCUCAAAGGUCAUGUGGUCACACACAGUGGUGCACGACCAUUCCUCUGCCCAGUGGAAGGGUGCAACUCAAGAUUUACAGCAAAGAGUAGUUUAUAUGUUCAUUUGAAAAAACAUGACCACUCGGGAGAAAAAAUUAUCUACUUCUGUCCGAUGGAAGGCUGUGAGAAAAAGUACGCUACCAAAUCCUGCUUGAGGAACCAUAUCACGAAGCAUUAUUCUUCCUCGGUGUCAGUAACAGACCACACUCACUUUGAUCUUGUCCCCUUGCUGGCUGGUGAUGACUUACCUGAGGGCUCAUUAGAUAACUUCCCCACCCCACAGAGUGACUCUGUCACAACACCUGUAUCAGCCGUGAACAUCAAUACAUCCAUACCCACAUCAUUAUUAGGCACGUCAGACCCGGUGUUAAUUAGCCCCAGCGAUUACAUAGCAACAGGUGUAGACCAGCCUGUGAUGACAGCCAGCUCCUUCCCCACUGACAGCCUCACACAACAGCUCAGCUCUAAUAUGGUUACACAGUUCAUAGUAGCCAAUGAUCUCCAGUCUCCAGGCGUGUUUCCCGGGGCCCUGCUGGGGGUUCCUCCUGCCACCAUGAUGGUGCCGGGCAGUCCUGUCACAGUCUGUACGAACUGCGCUGCACCUGCGUUGACCUGUACCUGCACUCAGAGUCCUGAAACCCCUACAGCACCCUCCACCAACAACAACAACAAACAUAAAGCCAAAAUCUCCAUUGGGAAAGGUGCUGCGUCACGGGUGACUCAGGAGAACACCAGUGGGUCAGCGAGGACGGAUUACCUUAGUAACCACAUGCUAAGUGACAGAGCCAAGAAAAGACGUCUGAUGCUGAAGGAUAAAAUAGACCUACCCACUUUACCAGUUCCUACAAGUAUGGUAGCAAACCGAAGCCUAGUAACACUCACUGAUAGUGCAAUGACCUCUUCAACUUCGACCUUUAGGACUUCUGAGGUCAUGAACUCUCAGGGUAUCACAUAUAGAGACCCUGACACAGGGACCACAUAUGUACAGACCCAGUUAUUGCAGGAUGACCCACCAAACCCAGAGCUUUACCCAGAUGAAACUUCCCUAACAUCAGAACUAGCUACACUCCAUGACACUCCCAGUACAGAUGUGAGCUCUGAAUUCACAGGAACGACCAUCAACCUUCAGGAUUUGGAGUGAGCUGUCAUCAGGAGUUAUCUGCUCUUGGAGACGCCUGGCGUAUCAAGACUACCAAAGAACUGUGUAUUAAUUAUUGUGUGUAAUAUCCAUUAAGUAAGAAGGUUAUGUGACACAUGAAUUGUUAGCAAAUGUAUGCGAAGAAGUGUUGAAAAUUGUUAUUCAUACUGACAAAUACUUUUGAAUAAAUAGGAUAAUCCGUGGACAGAACUGUCAAUUUUUAUGAAAGCUCAAGUAUUUA